AUGGCCAAUGCUGCAGACCCGCUCCCUUAUUUCGCAGCAUCGGCUGUGUCGUCCCUCGUCACAUUUCCAGUGUGGAAGGCAGCUACCAUUGGCCAGUCUGGAUAUGCAUUGACGGCAGAGUCCCCUCUGGGACGAUUCUUGGAGGCAGCGCGGCCUCCAUACAGGGGCAGCUUCGUGGUGGUUUCUGGAAGAACAUGGGCGCAGGCAAUGAUUUUCUUUGGUUCGGAUGAGGGAUCAAGAUGGCUCCGCAGAUGUGGUUGGAGCAGCGUGUGGGCAUCGUGCCUGCCUCCGCUAUUGAUCUCCGCCCACGUGCAGGUGGCCAACCAGCCCUUCGUGCGAUCUUCGGUCAUGCUCCAAGGAGAUCCGCAGGUAAAGUUCGCGCACAGCAGCCACUCGCCAAAUCUGGCUGUGCUCCAGUAUCUGUGGAGGACAAAAGGCUUGAGAGCUUUGUGGCUGGGAACAGGUGUGAGCGUGUUGCGAACGGCUCCGAAGUAUGUCGCAGCAGUUGGUGCCAAGGAUGCCAUGGAAGAGCUGCUGGCUCAAGAUGAUCAGACCAUGGCAAGCUCUGUGGCAGCCUUAUGUCAAGCCUUUGCUUCUUAA